AUGGUACUUCGUUUCAUAAUAAGACUGCUGGCCAACAAUGAACAUUUGGUGCAAAAAUUGAGUGAAUCUUACCCUAUGCGAAAAGCAGCUCAAAUUGUGGUAAGGGCUAUGUACACUGGUAAGAACCUGAUAGAAGAGACCAAGCUGCAUGAGAAAUUAACCCCGGAACAGUUUAGGGAACUUAUGAGGGACGUUUCCAGCACUUUUCAGAAGCAAAUCAAACAAGCACGAGAGACUUUUGAGAAAAAAAUGAAACAAUAAACUUUGAAAUAAAAAUGA